AUGGAACUGUCAAGGCAGGAGUACCCUGCAUUGUUGACCUCGUUGCAGCCGAACCAGGCCACCGCCGUCCUCAACGAUCGCAUUCGUCUCAUCAACAAAGUCAAUACCGACAUUGCCGAUUGGUUACAGGAACGGAGGCGUGUUGAAGAACUAUACGUCCAAGGUCUGCGCAAACUUGCCAGGCGACCACAGCUAGAUGGAGGUGCGGCGCUAGGAAUCUUUCAACUGCCGUGGAACCGCAUAACUGCCGCCACCGAAUCGCUCGCAGCCUCUCAUGAAGUGCUCGCCUCCAAAAUUGAAGAAGAUGUGGAAAGACCGCUGAGGGAGUACGGAUCGAGGAACCGAGACUUGAGCUCAAUGCCUUCGAUUCACUCUGAUUUGGUAAACUUGGCAAAGGGGCUGGACGCUGCACAAAAGAAAUUGGAGAAAGCGAAAGAAAAAGGUCCCAAGGGAGCAGACAAGGUUGCAGCCGCCGUUACCUCUGUAACCGAAGCCACUCAGCAAUGGGAGUCGCGAGCGCCAUUUGUAUUCGAACAGCUACAAGCCGUUGACGAAAGCAGACUUAAUCAUCUUCGAGAUGUUCUCACCCAGCUGCAAACCCAUGAGGUGGAUCAAAUUGAACGCAGUCGACAGACAGCAGAGAGCUGUCUGAACGUAUUGCUUAAUGUGCAAACAGAGGACGAAAUCAAGACCUUCGCCGCCAAACUGAACGGAGGAAGAGAGCCAGUCUUGACACGGAACAGCUCGGUAGCUGCCGCCGCCCCUGUUACACCGGUACCGGCCCCUGUGCCAAGUAGUGAGGCCGACCUGCCGCCUCCUCCUAGGAUCCAAGAUGAUGCGGCGAGUCAGCAUUCGAACCGAUCAGGCCGCGCUGCUCGCGUGCCCCCGCCAGUCCCUGAGCCCCGACAUACGCCGCGGAUGGGAGGUCUGCGUAGAUUAGGAACCGUCAUGAACCGACGUAAAAGCAUCGUUAUAGGCUCUGGUACCUCUCUUCCAUCUGAGAAGAAGAGUCGACCGGGGUUUGGAUUUAGACGAGGGGAUUCGUCUUCGAAUGUGCACACACAAAUCCCUUCUACUCCACCAGGCCGAGAUACCCCCAGCAUUGCUAGCGAGUCCAUAGGCAGCCCACCUCCUACGGGAUCUACUGCCAAUGACUACGUUCCCUCUGAGGAUGCUAUUACUCCAAUUGCGGAAACAACAGAAACCACCGCGACUACAAAUGGCCUGGCGUCCAAUCACACAGAACCCGUAGCUUCUCCAGUAGCGGCGAACCAGAUCCAAAUUGAUUCUGAAGGGUAUUCCGAGAGACCCCAGCUGGUUGACGAGAUUACACAGGCCCAGAGAGAAGCCUCAGGAAUCGAGGACACCGGUCUCAAUCUGACUAUUCGGGACCAGCCUAUUCCUGAAGACGAAACGCAGGCCAAACAGGCCAUGGAUGAAAUGGCGAAUACGCUACGAAUGCAAGGCUUGCAGGUCGGGCUCAGAAGAAACGCAGGCACCAUCCGUGGUCGUCGCGAUGUUCGCAACACGGCUUUUAUAUCACCAUCUACUGCUGCGGAGAUAAUACCUGCAGCUCUAUUAGGCACACCCACGGGCACCUCAUCUAGCGGACAACUCGAGUCGCCUGUUCCGGUAUCAGCAACCCCUUCUCAUGAAGACCGAGCAAUGUCAGAUACAACGUCGAUUCAUUCUUCACACACUCUGCAAAAUAUUUCAGGGCCUGUUUCUCACCCAGAACUUCACGAACCGGGCUUGAAUGCUUCAAUUAUUGAAACCGUAAGCAGUUGGUUUGAAAAUGGUACAGUAACGAAGUCAUUUGUCAUUGGUGAGCUAGCUUUGGCAUACAACGCCAUUCCAGGAACGACAUCAGAGAACGUCGUCCGCUUGGAUAACUUUGCUCUUCUCGAAAAGGUCGCAGCCAACCCACAUUUUGUGACUGAGGUUUCUAAAACUGAUGACGAGAAACGAGGAGAAUACAACGUUGCCACGGAAAAGAUAGCUCGCGCUAUUCCGACAGUCGCGUUCAAAUACCAGCUGCAUCUUUCUCCCCCAGAUUUGUCAUCGUAUUCUCCAGUGCUGUUUAGACCGGUGUGGAAUCUUGAGGAAUUCCAGGCGAGCGUCAUUGUGUUUUAUUCCGUCAAUCCAGAAUUCGUGGAUAAAGCCGCUUCCGGUUCUCUGCAUUUGAAGAACGUCGUGAUCACAGUCAACUUGGACCUCAGCUCUGAAGACGAGACUACCAAGCAACCUAGGGAAGUGGUGCGUGCGACUGGUGCUGUUAUGUAUCCAAACACGGGCGCGCUGUUUCGUCGCAAGCACUCUGCGGUUCUAUGGAAGAUACCCGAACUGGAAGUACGAGCUGGAUCAGAAGAGAAACUCUUAGCUCGAUUUACGACUUCAGCAAGUUGGCCACGCAAGGGUAGAGUUGAAGCCAAGUUUGAGCACCAUACGACAGACUCAGCUUCGCGCUUGGGUGUGAGUCUCGCCGAGACUGCAGCGUCGGGAACAGAGCACGACCCUUUCGCUGAUGAUGGUUCCACACCACCUCAAUCGGCAUCCUUAGCAACGUCUUGGAAGCCAGUGCACACCGUGCGCAAGUUAGCCGCCGGAAAAUACGUUGCAUCCUGA